GUGCGUUGUGCCCGCAGCGCGUGGUUUUCUUGUUAUCUUUCUUGUUUCCGCUGCCUGUCUGAGGUUUACUGGUUCUCUGCCUGCAUGUUGCUCGACGAGCAGCUCGUUCGGGAGACGAUCAAGUCCAUCAUGGCGGACCGGGCAUGUACAACGAAGAACGUCAUCUGCACUGGUUGCCGUGAGGUUGGCCAGACUGGAUGUGUCAGUGAGCUUGUUUCUUCUUCGUCUGGGGAUAUUCUAUUGCAUAGGAUUGGAGAUCUACUCAUGUGCUAUAUUCUCAGGCAUUCGUCAAUAUUUUUGCCUGUCAAGAAGAGUACUUUUUUUCGAGUCAGUGGCCUCCCGCUUAAUGUUCUUUUGCAAAAGUCAAUAUCCACGAGUACCAUGGGAAAAAAUCGACGACCCCAAUCCACAAAACAAAGGUGUCCCUUGUUAUAUCUGUGCCAUAACCCAGACAUUGGCUGUGUCAACAAUUCAAAAGCUGCAUCCACUUCUCCAGACACUAGUACAUGGAAAUUUGAUACUCUACAAAGCUCUGGAAGUUAUGAUACUGCAAAAUUUACAGAGCUCAGUUGUUUAAGUGAAGGAUGCAAUCGUUCUGAAUAUCCUCUGACUAAUGGAUCAAUAAAGUGUUCCAAUUUAGAUAAUCAGAAUCCUAGGAAAAGGAAAAGGCUGUACAGUUGGCAACGCCACAGCAAACAGAAGCAGAUUUGUUCUGAGGACAGGUUGUCAACAUGGAGUAAAAAAAAUAACAGUGAUCUCAUGGUCCAAGAUGUUUUAUUGAAGAACUCGUGUGCUACAGUGGUUGAUGAAGUGCACCCUUCGCAAUUUGACAGUGGAUAAAAAUUCUUUAGCAAUGGGCAGCGAUGUAAAUAGUUCACUUACUAAAGAACCAUGUGGUGCAUUGUUCUAUGAAAAGCCACCAAGUUCCAUGUUUGGUAUUAGACAUUCCAAGGGUCACAGUACAUCAAGAAUCCAAUCUACAUGCACACAAGUUGGACUUCCCAAUUUCUUCCAUAUGACUAGUGGUCCUAUAUGCUUUGAUUGCUUAAUACUGAAUUCUUCCAAAAGUGUAUCAGUAGAUUCUUUGAUAUCAAGACAUGCUGUCUUCUAUGACAAAAGGACUUCCUAUAACACCUUCCAUGGCAAUCGUAUCCUUUUGCUAUUUUCUACUGGCUUACACUUCUAGAGUGUGUUGUUAUUGUCUCUCUGAAGGCAAUCAUUUGAAUAGCUUUAAAUGAAAAAAGCCCAAGUUACUUC